CGCAGCCUUAGGCCUAGUAUUUAUUUCAAAAGAUUUUGGGAGCGUCAGCACAUAACUUUAGCCCCAAAUUCGAACCCUGGCAAACAAAAAGUGGCCAUAAACCAUGCUGAAACCUUUGUAACAACAUCACUGAGCAAAACAGAACAAAAUACAGGAAAAGAGGAGGGGAAAGGAGAAAAACAAUGUUGGCACGUAUUUUUGCUCAGAGGCGGGCAUGCACUUUCUUCUCCAUAUUUUCACCAGGUACAAUGGAAUUGCAGCAAGAUAGAAGAUUGAUUUCCUUGUUUUCAGUACCUGGAGUUGGCUCUGCUGGAGAAAUGUUUCAGUCAUGCAUGCAUGGAAAGAAUUUUUCUGGACAGACUUAUCAGGGAAGGAUUUUUCCAGGAAAUGCCCCAAGCAGAGAUACGAGACCUCUGGGAAGGACUUCUCAAGGAAACAACAACUUUGUAAGAAAUGCCCUUGAAGAUUAUGAGCAGUGGGAGCAGAAAAGAUUUAGUGUAGAGAAGAAUAUUGUCCAUUUCACACUGAAAAACAAAAAUAUCUUUAUUUCUGUGACAGAUGAUAAGGGCAAUAAAAAGCUUGGGGCCUCUGCAGGUUGUUUGAAGGAAAUUCAAGGUGGCUCUCGCCGCAGGACCAAGUAUGCUGUUGAAGCAACUGCAGAGCAUGUUGGGCGAUCUGCCAAAGUUCUAGGGAUGAAGUCAGUUGUAGUGAGAGUGAAAGGAUCUAGCUAUUUUGGGAAAAAGAAAGCAGCAGUCUUGAGUUUUCGAAAAGGAUUAGGUCCAAGAUCUAAUAUUAUGUACAUCGAGGAUGUAACCCAGCUUCCACAUAAUGGGUGUCGACUCCCAAAGCGUCGUCGUGCUUAAAUUAUUCAUUCUGCAUUUCAAUGGUGGUUGUGGGAAUCUUAAUGGCUGUUUAUUAGAAAACUAAUUUUCAUCUUUUGGUUAACCUAGAAAGAAGAUCAGUGAUGCAAUUGAGACAUUUCCAAGUUAUUUUA